UAUUGUUGCCGCGACGUUUGCCCAGGAGUCCCCAAGCGACAUAAGCUAGGUUUUUUACGACAGCUUUCGUCGCCAAGCUGAGUGGUAAUGAGUUUGGUCGUUACUGUCCAAAAGCCCUACUGAGUAUUCGCCAACGCGCUUUACGCUUGUCAUUGUCGCAUACAAGAUGUGUAUCCGCUAAUCGCCGACCGCAAAAAGCGGGCUGAAAAAAAUCGGACGCAUGCAAAUGCCAGCGGGCAAAUGAGCAGUCGACGCAAAGGUAUCAUCAGCGGAAGCGGCAGCGAAGAUUGCGGUACUAAGUGUCGUAGACGUCUGGAAAGCGGUGUUGUAAUGUAAAUUCGAAGCUGAUUUACGAAGAUACGCCGUUGUCAUUCAAAUCUCAGAAGCUACCAGCAGCGCGUAGUAGAUGCCAGCAUGAAUGGCGGUCGAUUAUAGAUAUAAUUAACAGAAGACUUCACAAUUAGUGAAUACCUGGGAAAAGAGCUUUGUUAAUUAAAAGGAGUGCUUAUACUUGCGUAUUCUUACGGAAAUAUCCAUUGAUUCAGUCUAAAUUCGCCGCAUUGGAACAGUUACGUGGAUCGUUGCUAUGUAUGUGGAGAGCGAGCAUUCUGCGCUUUUUAUAGUUUGAGAUCUGAUACUGUAUGUAAUACUAUGCAAAAAAAAGCCACUGAUCGUUACGGAGUUGUAAAAUCGUGAUGUAGCUAUUAACGUAACGCUUUCGCAGGUGCCAACUAGUCCCAGGAUAAACUAGCAUAUUGCCUAUCUCGUGGCAUUUGUCCGGUCGGCUUUUUGAAAGUUAGUUCACGACCGACAAGGAUUUGUUCGUUCUUGACUGCUGGAAAAGGUUUCUCUCAAUCAACGACGCACAAAUGCACAGACGGACGUAUCUUGUGUGGGUGAUGGAUUCUGGAAAAGCUUUUCCACUGGAUUUAGAAUAGACCAGAAAUCACGAACGAAAAAAUAAGACAGAAUAAUCGAAAGAUCGAUUCGAACCUAGAUACUCGUGUGAUUCGCCAAAUUAAUCAAGUGACUACCCCAAAAAACGUCAGCGUGACGUGGUUGUGCCAUAACGUUGGAUCUUCUACAUACAGUUGGCGGAAUGUAGUCUGUGCUGUCAUUGUUUAGUAAUAGCGUUUCGUAACUCCGUGGCAAUGGAUAUAAAAGGCGGUAAUAUUGUUCAAGGGCAACCAGAUUCUGAGCAGUUAAACUCUCAUACCUUUCCGAAACUGCCCGUAUAUGCAACAAUUGGCCGUCGCAGCAUGGCUCGCGUCCAUCUGGCACAGGGUUUCGAGACGCCGAUAUGGACCGGGAGUCCUCAAGGAGUUGUUUGUUUUACCACGUCGUCACCUUCGUCGAAGGCCGGCGCUUUCACUGAAAGAAAAAAUUCGAAGCGAUGGUCCUUCUAUGGAGGCAGUGGCAACAGUAAGCGGGACUCGUCUUCUCACAACGGAAAUGAUAAAAUGACUUCCCGAAAAAAAGGAAAUAAGUCACACGAGCACAGGAAUGGGGUAAAUGGCGUCAGCGGGAAUGGAAAGUGUCCGCCUCCAUCACCCCUGCGGCUCACUCCAGAGCCGGAAGAUAUCACCGAUAGAUUAUGCUUACGGCGGCGUUGGACGACGCGUGAGAGUUCUAAACGACCCGUAAACGUGUUUGAGCCGCAGACACAUGAUGGGGACGAUACCGAACCUGGUAAAAAAAUACCCCUAUGGAAGGCAGUUAAUGCUAAUAUAAGCUCUGAGGAUAAUCCUGUAGUCCCAGUUUCUAGCCAAAGCUUAAUGUACUCUUGGAAAGGGAAGGAAUCUCCGCCCGAUGUUCCGGACUCACGGCAAAUCCUAUCCGACGACCCCGUUAGCUCGUUAAUGCGAUCACCCAAACCAACUCGAAGUUUAUCCGUGGAAUCGACAAUAAGUACCAGUGGCUCAUCGACGAUUAGUAACACCCGAAGUCUUUCGUUGAGGCGAACGAAUUGUCCAUCACUGCUAGGUUCCUACCUCGCAUCGUCCGAGGGCAAUGACGGCGAUGACGACAAAAGCGGCAGCGCAUUAGCAUUAAUUCGAAAAAAACCCUCCUUGAGAAAGAUCGAACUUCCAAAACUUGAAAACCAUAUGCCAAGCCUUGACCAAGUGAAAGCCUUACUCCUUGAGGAGGCCCGCAAUUUGUCAGAUACCGUCCGCGCAAUACCGAUGCCCUCACGUCCCUCUUCAUCUCAGGAGGGUACUGCUGACCUGUCGUUAGCCAAACGUGUAGGAGCUGCAUCGUCAACUUCGAAUCUGCUAGCGAAACUGUCCGGCAGCUUUGUCACUAAUUCUGACACAAUCUCGCCCGACCAGAAACACAAAGUAAUAUCUGUUCCAGUAAUUCAGACCAUGCCUUUAUUGCAUCGUAACCAUUCGCUCAAAUUGCACGACCGACCCAAUAGCAACUUCAAACCUUUGAUUCGACGCAAGCCUACCAUUUAUAAUGGGAAGCUUAAUCAAAACAAUUCUGCGGAAGGUGCGGAUGUACGGCCAACUAGCAAACCGAAUUCGGUGACUAGUACAGUUAUCUCGGAUGCCCCACAGAGGCUUACCUCGCGCAGCUCAAAUUCGAGCGAUUCACAAUGCGCAGCAUUAUCCUCAUUGUCAGCAUCGACGACCUCGUCUUUAUACACCGAAAGAGGUGCUUCUGAUCAGCAGCCGCUAUUGUCGGCGUUGACAAGCAAUGACGAUCGAAAUAGGCCAGUCGAUAUUAGACAUGACAUAGACGACGUGCUUAUUAUGGAUCUUCUGAAAAAUCUUAAUAUUAAUGCUAACGAAAAGAAUUUGCUGAGGCAAACAUCGAAACAGCGUCAAUGCCAAUGCAUUAGUCCACCACCAUCGAUUCAAGAACAGAGGAGUCGCGGGAAGACAGUGGCGUCUGCCUCCAUCAAACACCAGCAGGGUCUCCAUUGCAUUGUGCCCAUAGAAGACCCUCACUCAUCCGGCAAUACGGUUUUGACCAAUAGUGAAAAUGAGCAAGAUGCUCAGGAUUAUGCUGACGCGUCCUCGGUUCAACGGCCUUCUUACGAUCCGAGCGUCUCAAGUUCAGGCCCCAGUAUCAGCUCUGACCUUUUACUGGACAAGGACCAGGAGAUCCUGAGUGCAUGGCUACGCAGCAUUCAGUCCGAGGAGUGUUUAGGCCUGUUCGUGGCCGCCGGAUAUGAUAUGCCGACCAUUUCGAGAAUGACACCGGAGGAUCUGACCGCUAUCGGGGUCACGAAACCCGCCCAUCGGCGGAGGCUUUUCGCCGAGAUUUCGAAACUCAACAUCUCCGAUGGCAUUCCCGAUUACAAGCCAGACAGUUUAUCGUUGCUGUUAAAGCUGCUCCGGCUGGAAGAGUACGAGGCGACUUUGGUAUCGCAGGGGUACGACUCCGUUGACAAGGUGGCCGAACUUACCUGGGAGGAUAUCGACGACAUUGGGAUCACGAAACUCGGCCACCAAAAGAAGCUCACGUUAGCCAUAAAAAAAAUUAAGAAUUUUCCACGAUUCCAACCUGCCUUUCGCCCACUAGCUCCCUCAAGCUCAUCCCAUCACUCUUUUGCUAGACAUUCAUCCAUCGAUCUCGGUAAUCCGCACGCGCGGCCAAUCACAGUUCCCGUCCCCCCGGAGCAAUAUGAGUCCGCCGCCUGGAUGCCUACGCCUUUGCAGCAUUCUGUCUCUCAGACAGAGUCAUUGACUUUGCCUCAUCAUCGACAGGUAAACGAGUUCAAUCGGCAGAUCGAAGUGCAGCUUGCCGAUGAGCAGUUAUAUUUCGCGUGGCAACAGCAACAGGAGCACGACGCGAUCUUCGCUCAGCAACCAGCGCUCAGAGGGCGAUCCCUUGAAAGUCUCGAGCACAAUUUUGAAUGGUACGACUUGAUGAAUAGCUGGCGCAAUCAGAUGAUGACUGAUGCGUCUGGAGGUGGUCCACAUUAUAUUGAAGGCACUUCCACUUUACAACGGCCUCGUGGCCUUCUCGGCCACAAAACGAACUCCCGACCAGUUGCGAAAGUACAGGGCACUUCGACAGUUUCCAUACGUGACCAAAUAACCACAAAUGCAUCAGGCUGUGGUUCUUCAGGACAGGAGCACGGAGAUGCCACGGAUGAGGCCGCUAAGUCCGAAUUACUCGCUGGACAAGGCCCAAUCCCCCCGAAACGCGGGGGUGGCAGUAGUGUCCUGCCGCCAGCAGGCGUAACUAAAGCCCACGACGUGGGGGACACGGCGUUCGCGACGUGUGUCCAAAGUCUGACCUCGCGUUUCACCCUGGACACGUGCGAGGGUGGCGAGGGUAUCGAAGGAAGCUCGAACGCGCUGAGCCUCUCCCUAGCCGCCCACGGUGACGCCCACGCACUGGCACUCGCUCGUAGUCAGCUUUCCUCAGCCAGUUCCGCUCAUAUCCCCUGGCCGCCACCACCGCCGGAACCCCCAGCGACCGCUGGAUCGGCCGGGUCGCUUCCUCUAAGUACCAGUGGCAGUUCCACUACCACCAGUCCCAGCGGUCCCUACCGGCCACCUCGCAGUCCCCGGAGGGAGCGCUCCCCCGUGCCCCCCGGAGACAGCACGGCCUUGGCCCCGCAAGUGAUUGAACUCAAUCAGGCGAUGCAGAGCGAACUGAAGAUAAAGCUCAAACAGAGAAAUCACCAAGCAGUCGGCAGUAACAAUCCCGCAGUGGCCGCUCAGGACCAGCACCUCAAGGAGCUUCCGAAGCCAGCCAAGAGCGACGCCGAUCUCGAGCGGGAAAAAUUCCUCGCCAAACUCGAGUCCGUACGGAAGAAAAGUGAAAGAAAGGAGGGCGCGGUUUCAACAAGUGGCUCAGGUAUAACAGGUGCAGGUGGGUUGGCAGCUGUUAGUCAACACCAGCAAAAUGGAAAAGGGCCAUUGUUGGCACGCAAAGGCGUCGACAAAGACAAAGAGCAUAACAGUGAUAGGAAAGUGACAAGGAAGGACGGAAUCGAAGAUCCAAAAGACAAAACGGCGAAGGAAACCACAGCAGGCUCAGUUGGCAAAGACGCUGCGAAAGGUUCAAUAUCGACACCAUCAUCACAACAGGUGGAACUCAAUAACGGGAAAAAAAGUUGUUCGAUGAACAGAAAUCCAAUAGAGAAGGAGAUUCGCUCGUUGCAGGAGUGCGUGGCGUCCGUCAUGGAUCCGAAAGCAGAGCCAACGACCGUAUCACGAUCGGGAACGUCCGUGGAGGAUGACCCGACAGAUUACGACACAAAUCCCUUCACCGCCCUAUUGAGCAAAAUCGAGAAAAACGUCGACAAGGAAUUCUUGGCAAGGAAGCGGAACGAGAAAGCCGCCACUGCCAAAACUGCGUCAUCAAACACUACCACGACAACAGCAACGAAGACAACAACGACAGCAACGAUGACAACAAGCAACAGCAGCGCUAGACCCUCUUCGGGCAAUGGCACUCACACAACUAACACAAGUGUCCCUAGCCAUAGUCAUUCUAGCAACGUGGAGAGAACGAUAUCUUACUCUACGGCUAACAAUAACAACAACAAAAACAAAGCCAGCCACGCCCAUACAGUUAGUAGCAAUCAUAGAUCCAGCACAAAUGGUGCUAGCACCAAGAUAGCCAGCGGUAGUGGUGCUGCUACGGGAGUAGGACCAGGACUAGAUAAUAACAGUCUUGUAAUUGACACGAGCUUUAAGCGUCUUUCAUCUUCUUCGAAAGGUGGUCCUGGCUACGGCCAUCAUCAAAGCCAGCCCGCUGCACCCUCAAUAGACAUUCGACCGAUCGAGGUCAAGCUGGAGGGGCCAGGUUUCGCUGGCACGUCAACCAUUAAUAACCUCAACCGGCCAUAUGAGAUAGCCCGCUCAACGAAAGCCGAGCCGAUACUCACACAGAACAAGUUCUUUAGCACAAUUGGCGUCGAGACAAAGGUCAUUAAUCUUGAGGACAGACCGCAUCGAAAAAGCGAUGCGGGCCUACCCUCCGCACGAGUCAUUAUAGGGAACAGUUAUAGUGGGACGGCAUCAAGCAAUAAUAGUGGAGACAAUCAUCAACCACACUCGAGACAGAUUUCGGCAGAUGGUUCACGGAUGACGUCAACACCCGGCCAUUCGAUUCCAACAGGGAUACCUGUAAGCAAUAAACAUCAUCAACUAGCCAGUACUACCAUCAAUGGAAACCACAGGGUACACAGUCACAGCCAUAGCCAAACACCGUCGUCACAGAGUCAAGCGAAUAACAAACCUGCGAUGAAAUUUGGAAAACAAUCAGACGGCGCCACGGUCGUCAGAGUAGGCCCCGACGCCUCCCAACAGCUGCAGGCGGCUCAGGCCGAGUUUGACAAUAAGUUUGAGAACCUGAAUAACGUCAGUAAAGAAUCAGAGAAAGAGAAACGAAUAUUGGAAGUUCAAGAGGUUUACGAAAUAUCAGACGAGCAGUCGGCCGGAAGUCUUCGUGAAGGCCUGGUUAGUUCGGCGAGAAAGAUCUUUGAAAUUGUUGGAGGAGGAGGAACCUCCAAAACGUCGCCUGGCAACAGCGGUUCACCGUCGCCAGCCAUUCCUCGACGUAAUUCGGUAAAGCGGGACAAUGUCCCGGCACCGCCACCUCGGCCACAGCGUGCGCCAGAGGUACCGCCACGGAACCUAACACAAACUCUGACGACAACGGUGGCAAGUGGUGCUGCUCCACAAGAUUUCUACAUAGGAGAAUCGAGUACUUCCGCUGUGCAUCUACCGUCAAAGAAUCCACCACGUAGGGUGCCGGAAACGCCAAAAGUCAUACAAGAUAUCGAGCACAUGCUCUCGAGCCUAACAGAUCAGUUAGAUGCAAUGCUGGACUAAACCUUGCGCGAACCUUACAGUCGACCCCACUUACCAUUACACGUAUAUAAACCCAUACACACACGCAAUUACGUUGAGGCUGCCUUGUUUAACUACUCCCUUAAUCAACUAGAAUUACCAGACUAGACGAAAAUAGGUACAAGAGGAUAAGCAGGUACAGCAUUCGCAUCUGGGCUCAGGGUGCGUGCCGACAACUGAAAAACCCACAGAUAUUAUUAUUACUACUACUAGAUGUUCAUGCAAGGUAUCAAGUAAACGACGAUGUUGUAUCUCCUUCCACAUGCUAUAAUAAAACUGCUAUAUAUAGUGUAUAAGAAGAACCGCCGUUGAUGUCGAAGCGGACCUAAUUGACCCACAAGAUGGACAAUAUAGCUGCAGAAAAAUAGGGGCCACAAAAAGGCAAAGCAAUAAGUAUAUGAUACUGCAAAGAAAAACAUUUCUUUGACUAUUAGCAAAACGCUUGUAUAUGGUGAAAUGGUUUGAUUUUGGUUAAUAAACAUUUAUUAUUGUAGGGAUAGGGGAAGCGGUAACAUAUCGGCUCACCCAGUGCCAUAUAAUCGCUUAUACAUUGGUUAAAGCAAAUAGAUAAGUUGUGCCCAUGGAACUAAAUGAAAAUCGUCUAUGAUCUUUGCGUAUACAAAUGGUUAUAGGAACGAUAAAAAAAAGAAAGAAUCAAUUAAUUUUACGUUUUUUUCAGAUUGUCGGCAGCAUGUACUGUUCAUCUUUUUUUUUUAAAGCAAAAUUAGUCUUUUUUAUACGUUUUCUUUGAAUCACAAUGAAACAGCUUUGCAUUGUCCUAAAAGGCCUCGCUGCUAUUGGCAUCAGAGAUUGGCUUCAGCUGAAAGUCACAUCUGCUGUACAGUUGGACGAACGGAAUCAACGAUCACUCGCAGCAGACCCAGAUAAAACAAAACAAAAAAAGGCUAACUUCCCCUUACGAAUGUGAAAGUAAUGUUAAUAACAGGAACAUUCGUGUCCUCUUUUGUUGCGAGGCUAUCUCCGUGUCCUCGGACAAGGUAGUCAAACCGCGAAAUACAGCGAUAAGUAAAAGACGCGUUAGAUUGUCUAAUUAUCUCAUAAUGCCAACAAUCGUAGCCUACGAAACGUGGCGUGUAAAUGGAACGCGUGAAAACUACGCGGACCAUAUGAUUCGAAUGGGAUCUGUUGUAUGAAUGAUGGAAAACGUUUACUGUACACUGACAAUAUAGCUUUCUUCGCCAACGGCUUAGAACGAGGGUUCGACUUUUAUCCCUACCUACUCUAGAUACAGAUAAAUCCGCACAUAGUUAGGUGCACAUAUUAUAUAUGAAAAUUAAUUAAUAUAAUUAGAAGGGAAAAAAAAGCGAGAAAGAACAUGUUCAAGCUACCGAAUCAACAACGAAUCUAGAAUGCACGUAAGACAUAUACCAGGAAAGAUCAAUUAACAGGACAUGUAUAUCGUACUUCAUAUUGCACGAGCGUCAGUUUCGCAAACAUGUUGAACUCGGCAUGACGCUCGAAUACAAAUUGUUAAAGGUGAGCCAGAACGCAAUACGAUGUAACAAUGUCAUCGAGUAAUCCAUCAAUGCCGAUUUCCCUUUGUCGAAAUCGGAUUCCAUACCAAUACGAUACGCGUAUAAUUAAGAUAAGAAAAUUAUCUAAUACGGAUGUUAAAUUGUAUAAUUACCUCAACCAUAAUCAUCGUUGCUGUUGACUAGUAGUGCUCAAGGGAUAUUGGUAACGGCAUGCAAUGAUGUCGAUACCCGUCAAUUCGUCGAAAGGAAGUAAGAUUAAGAACUCUAAUAUCGAGUUGUUCCGUGCACACAACAUAGUUACGAUGCGUUAUAAUGUAAAGUAAUUAUAAGAUGGUCGGAUUGGGAUCUGACCCGUCAUGCUGUAGUGCUGACCGUACAAGUCGCUGACCAUCGAUGGUUUUCGACAAGUCAACUUGGCUAGUGCUCCCGAUAAGUAUAUACGCAAAUAUAGUGCGUCAGGAAGGCCAUGUAAAAUGCCUAAGCCACCCAUCAGUAACUCAUCACUUCUGCGUAGUGUGAACCUACAAGUGACCCCGACCGUCUGAUCACUUAGAGAUCAGAUAUAGAAAUAAAGGACGUAAAUGAAUAUACACAGGUAGUACUGGCUUAUAAGGCUGAUGAACGUUCUACUGUUGGAUAAAUAUUAGCAUUGAUGAAGAUGCACAAGAACUAUCUCGGUCUCUUCUAGAGCAUGACGAUUAGAAAGACAAAUAUUCCUACUAAUCUACAAUGAAAUCGGUAUCAAUUCCCUAAGCCCAGACAUUGGCCUUUCGCCACAAUGACUAACGAUUACAUAUAGAAAAGUGCAUAUGAAACGGUGGCCCAACGUCGCCUAAUGAAAAUCAAAACUGUUGACCCCAAUCCAUUUUGCAACUUCAUGUUAUUACAAAUAACAGAUAGGGGUAAUCAUGAUAAUAAUGUUACGGGACAAUCCAAAUGAACGGGACGCACAUUUAGGCUCAAUGGUGGUAAAUAAUACAGAGCAAAAUGUGAGCUCGGCUGCAAGCUGCCGCUUACAAACGAUCUGCCAAAUAAGCUGUCUACUGCACAGUUGGAAAUAAAAAGGAACAAAAAGGGUCGCCGUUAAUAGCUGUUUCCAAUAGCGGCAAUUGCGGUCACAGCAGCCAUCUUGCAAUGAUGAUAAUGAUCUUAUAAUAAUGACACAACUAAAAGCAUCUUGUGUUCCGUGACCGACCAGACGUACAGUCUGUGAUACCAAAUAAAACGCAAUACAAUAAACGUCUAUGUAUGAUAACAUUGUACGGCGUACGCGCUGCGAUAGCUACAAACCUAGACGAACCGAUUCCGACGUUGGCUAGAGACCCGAUCCAUUUAGCAUUCUAUCUAACAACUACGUUUAGUGUAGAUGUAUGACUAAUUUGAUGGAAAACGUCAAGAAAUCGUGAUAAGUUGGUCACUAUAGAUAGAUGAGAAAGCGAACUGAGCAGUAGUGUGAAACGUAAUUCGUAACAAAGAAAAGAGCGGGGCUUAGUUUAACAUGAGCAAGUAAUAAGCCAUCCGCUUUGUUCUGUUUUCCUUCUCAGACCUCCUCUAUACAAAUGAGCGGCUUGGGACCGAACCGCCGUCAAAUGUAACAUUAAAGCUAAAUACGUGGAUAGACCGUUCGUAAUAUCUAUAGAACUGAAUAGCACGACAAGCGCUAUGACGGAAUUCGAUAACGAGGCAAGGUGACCAAAAAAAAAA